UCGAAGAAGGCUGGUAAAGUGACGUCGGAGGACGUGGGAGGCGCAACGCGAUUCGAUUCGACGCGGCCAUGUGCGCGCGCGCGUAUCUAUGCACACGCACACGUGUAUCGACUUUCGCGAAAGAAGCGCGUACGAUGGUACCGGAAAUGCAGCCGCCUCAUACAUCUCCCAUAUAUUUCCAAGGCGACAGUGGAGCUGAAAUUUACGACGUACGCGUAACGCGCGGCCUUGGGAAGCCGGAACGGGAAUAGCCUGCGCGUUUGACGUCGAGGGAAGUAUCGAUCCUUCCGCCGAUGGACGAAGACACGACACGGUGCUGGAGAAGACGUCGGGUCGAUCGCAAUUCGACGACAACCUUUCGAUCGAAUCUCGAGGGAUCGAGCUCGCUUCUUUUCGAACGGGGUGGUUUGAACCGCGCCCUUUCGAUUGGUUCGUCGUCGCGCAUGCGUGACUCUCUCGUUUCGCUUCUCUGCGCUCGUCGAGCUGUUUCGGUUCUUCGGUCCACUUGACAGUCGACAGUCGGAAUUACGAUAGAGGGGAAGUCGCGCUCGUUCGUUCUUCUCGCUCGAUGAGAGACAACGCAAGGAUGCGACGAUCGGGCCGAUCCUGAGAAUUUCAGUCAGUUUUACUCUCCGACGGAUCAUCAGGCUCCCGGUGGAUCGGAAUUCCAGAGCGAGCAACGAUCGCGAUCGAGGAGCGAUACGCGGAAGGAGAGCUCGCACUCGUGGGACGCAUUCGAUAGAACGUUGAGAGUCGUCGUUCGAUCUUCGUAUCCUUUCUUCCUCCUUCCCGUUUCCGUCGCGAAGAAGGAAGAAGGACCGAGAACGUGCUUCGCGACUCGUGCCUCUGCUCGACCUUAGUACCAGAGAGUCAUUGUUUUCGUUCGCCCGCUCGCUCGAGAGAGACAGAUUCCAAGAACAAGAAGAGAAGGCGCAGGAAGGAAGGAAAAUCGCAAAAUGACUACGUCGCGCGUUAUCCUCCUCGUCCUUUAUCUGCUUCGCCAAGCCGAACCUUCUCAAGCAAUAUCCGGCAGAGGUAACAGCCAGGUUCUUCUCGGAGAAGUCGACAUCGCGGUUAGAGACGACGGUUCCGCCAGCGAGAUCACCACGGAGGAGCCUUAUUUGAAAAAAUGUAUCGUCGAUGGGAACGCCUAUUCGCACAGUCAGACGAUACCGUCAUACGACGUCAACUCUCAUUGCCUCUGCGUCGCCGGCGAGGUUUAUUGUUGGUGGCAAAAUUAUAAUCCGAGUACCGACUCCUCGAUCGGUUCUGCCUCGUCAUUAUCGACGACGUUAGGAAGCAAUUAUACUCCGAUGUUGGAAGUAAGCACGGACACUGCCGAUAGUUCUGAAGCUUCUGGUGAUUAUCUUAUCGAAGAAACUCUCGUCGGGCAAUCACAAGGACGCGUCGAAAUCAAUUCGACGUACUCGACUACGCCGUCUGCUCCAACGACGUGCCUCGUCAUGGGAAGGGAGUAUCGAGAGGGCGAGGUACUGCCGCAUUCGACCGGAAACUGCGUCGAAUGCAGCUGCGGCUCGGAGGGUCGGGUCGAGUGUUCUCCUCGAGAUUGCGUACCUCUAAGGCCUGAGUUACCGGUCGCACCGGAUAUACCCGAACCACCCGGCGCUGAUUUCGAGGUCUUCGAUUUGGCACGAGACCGAGGGAUCGACGAGGGAUUUUAAUAAGAUUCUUAUUCCUUUUUUCUUCUUCCUCCUUCGUUUCCUUCACCUCUUUCCUUUUUCCACCGUCUAUUCGUUCCAGCGAGUGUCGCGAUGGCUCUGCUCGUUCCUUUACCAACGUCGUUAACCUUUUAACAAAUUCGUUACCCGUCUAUAUCUCGUCGCUCUCGAAGCAACGAUUCCCUUUGAAAAGAAAAGAAACAAAAAAAAACAC